UGGGAGCAGAGUGAGAGGGGCCAUUUUGACUCUGUGGUCUAAGGAAAUGACUGAUCCGCCGGGGUCCGGGAGCCGGGGUACCCAGGGUCUAAGGAUAACUCUGGGGCCAUGACGGACAUGAUUCUCACAGAGGAUCCCAGAUUUCUACACUCUGAGCAACAUCAGGUGCCGCUGGACUUGUUCUGAAACCUUUUCUCUAGAGGAUGGCCAAGGGGCUCCUGUUGACCUAUGCCCUCUGGGCUGUAGGGGGCCCUGCUGGGCUCCACCACCUGUACCUGGGACGAGACAGCCAUGCACUGCUCUGGAUGCUUACCCUGGGGGGUGGCGGGGUGGGCUGGCUCUGGGAGUUCUGGAAGCUCCCAAGCUUUGUAGCUCAGGCCAACAGAGCCCAGGGGCAGAGGCAGAGCUCAGGACGGGGGACACCCCCCCUGAGUCUCAUUCGCUUUGCUGCCCAGAUGAUAGUGGGCAUCUAUUUUGGCCUUGUGGCUCUCAUUAGCUUUUCUUUCAUGGCCAACUUCUAUAUUGUAGGCCUCCCACUGGCGAUUGGCUUAGGAGUCUUGCUGGUGGCUGCUGUUGGCAACCAGACCUCAGACUUUAAGAAUACUCUAGGGGCGGCGUUUCUUACUUCUCCUCUCUUCUAUGGCCGCCCCAUAGCCAUCCUGCCCAUCAGCUUGGCUGCCAGCAUCACAGCCCAGAAGCAUCGCCGCUACAAAGCCUCAUUUGGUUCUGAGACUCUCAGUGUGCGACUCUACCGCCUAGGCUUGGCUUACCUUGCUUUCACGGGCCCGCUAGCAUACAGUGCCCUCUGCAACACAGCUGCCACCCUCAGCUAUGUGGCAGAGACCCUUGAUUCCUUCUUGAGUUGGUUCAGCUUCUUCCCCCUCCUUGGCCGCCUCAUGGAAUCUGUCUUGCUUCUGCCUUAUCGAGUCUGGAGGCUGCUGGUGGGGGAUCCUGGCUUCAGUAGCACUUACUUCCAGGAGUGGGAGAAGCUCUAUGAGUUUGUUCGCAGUUUCCAGGAUGAGAAGCGUCAGCUGGCUUACCAGGCUUUGGGUCUCUCGGAGGGGGCAACAAAUGAAGAAGUACAUCGGAGAUACCGGGAGCUAGUGAAGAUCUGGCACCCUGACCACAACCGGCACCAGACAGAGGAGGCUCAGAGGCACUUCCUGGAGAUCCAGGCUGCAUAUGAAGUCCUGAGUCAGCCCCGGAAGCCCAGGGGAUCCUCGAGGAGAACUUUCUAGGAGCUACACUUUCCCCAAGAAGGAACAAGCUGCUGUGGGGCAGAGGUAGUUCCCCCAUCACAGACUCUUCUGCUUGGAGGAGUGUUGUGGAGAGCCCUCACACUUUACAUGAAGGGUUGGACUGGCUGAACUCUCAGGUCUACCCAAAACUUGGGAUCUGAUUCUGAGCUAAAAACCCUGCUCCCUAGUCGCUUACAGUCUGGUGGGGAAUAAUAACACAGGUACACAGAUAUCACAGUCUGCCUUAUUCAGUGUUUUGAACUAAAUGUCAUGAGAAGUGUAAAUAGAGUGCAUUGGGGUAUUGGCGAAAGGACAGAUGACAUUGUUUUAUGGGAACUCAUGGAAAAAUUCAUUAUUUUAUAUCUUAUAAGCCCUUAUGGAGACUCUGGGUAAACCAUAGGGAACCAGCAGCUUGAGCAUCUUAAGGGGCCUUGUUUAAUUACCAAGUAACUAGCCAAGUGUGGAGGAAACAGUCUAUGAUGUUAAAAUUAUGUACCUUUAAUCAGCUUUCUUGCUUGUCUUUAUUCAUGUGUGCAUUUCUCACACUUUUUCUUUUUUUCUGGAAGUUAACUCUGAGUAGUAUAUAUUUUUAAAAGUAGAAUUAUUUUGGCUAGUAUUCCCUAUAGAUUAAAAAAAUAGUCUGAGUAACUGAGAGGAAUGAAAUUUGUAGAUGUAUUUUCUCUGCAUUCAUAUAUAAAAAAACUUUAAAAGUUUUUUGCCAAUGAACUUAUAUACCAUGAUUUCAAGACCAAAUUAACUUUCACACGUUUUUAAAGUUGCCAAAAAUUGAUAUACAUUUUCUCUGAAAAGUACUUAACAAUUUCAAUUAUUACAUGGAAUUUUAAUGAGGCAUUUCCAUAGGCCUUUUUUUUUUGAGGAAGGUUAGCCUUGAGCUAACAUCUGCUGCCAAUCUUCCUCUUUUUGCUGAGGAAGACUGGCCCUGAGCGCACAUCCGUGCCCAUCUUCCUCUACUUUAUA